AUGGAGGACUACCACCCAAACGGCUCCGCCAGUUCCAGGAGACCAGACUCGCUCGAGGCGCUCGAGGCUGAGCUGGCGUUCACAGAUGACAGGAGGGAGAGGGAUGAUCGCGGUGUCCCACCACGACUGGCGACUGUUGAGCAGAAGAAGUGGCUCUGGGUUCGGAACGCUGUGAUUAAUGCGUUCUUUAUCCUGGGAUGGUAUCUCUUCGCAACCAUCCUAUCGGUAUACAACAAAUGGAUGUUCUCACCGGAGCAUUUUGGAUUUCCGUUCCCAUUGUUUGUCACAACGAUACAUAUGAUCGUGCAGUGGUGCAUGGCUGCUCUCGUAAGAUUCCUCUUUCCGAGCUUGAUGAAGUCCCCUGGGCGGCCGAGCAGAAGAGAAUAUGGAUCGAAGAUAAUACCGUGUGCGGUCACUACCGGGCUGGACAUCGGACUCUCCAACCUGAGUCUGAAGACCAUCACCCUUUCCUUCUACACGAUGUGCAAGUCCUCCUCCCUCGGCUUCGUGCUCCUGUUUGCUUUCCUCUUCCGCCUCGAACGGCCCUCCCUCUUCCUUGUCGGCGUAAUUCUCAUAAUCACAGUUGGCGUUCUCCUCAUGGUAUUCACCGAGACCCACUUCGUGCUUAUCGGAGCCAUCCUCGUCUUAUCCGCCUCGGCGUGCGGCGGCCUCCGAUGGAGUCUCACCCAGCUCUUAUUAAGAAAACACGAUAUGGGUCUAGAUACGCCUGCGAGCACGCUCUACUGGCUCGCGCCGAUCAUGGCCCUCACCCUCCUCAUAUCCAGCGCUGUCGUCGAGGGACUGUGGAAUGUCUUUACCAGUGAGUUCUUCCAGGGAACAAGGGUGUUCAAGACACUCUUCUUUGUGGUACUCCCGGGCUUGAUCGCCUUCCUGAUGGUGCUGAGCGAGUUCUACAUCAUCAAGCGUGCCGGAGUGUUACCUAUGUCCAUUGCGGGCAUCUUCAAAGAAGUCUCCACCAUCAGCGUCUCCACCUGGCUCUUCGGCGACCACCUCACACCUGUGAAUAUCACUGGCGUGGGCAUAACCAUAAUCGGGAUCGCACUUUUCACGUGGCACAAGUACAAGAAGUCGCUCGAAUCGGAUGUCAAGCUGGACACCCACGGACUACCAAUCGAGGAAGAUACUUCACCCGAGCCUGAAGGACAAGUGCUCCUUCCCGAAAACGACAGGGAAGAAGGGCAUGAGCUGAUGCCCACUACGGACACGCUUGACGAAGGCCCAGACGUGCCGCGGGAGGAGUACGGGUAUCGUGUACGCUCCACGUCAAGAGUUUCAGCGUCGGGCGCGGAGAUGUUCAUGAGUGAAGCGGAGCAUGAACCGAGAAGAUCAAUGGACGGGUGGCCAAGACCAAACGGACUCGAUAGACCGAACGACUAG